AUGACAGAGGUUCUAUUUAUGCAUGAGCAUUACACAAGAUUUUGUAUAGAAGAGAUUAUAGUAUGUUACGAAGGUCAUAUAGUAACACAUCCAAUGAAAUGUUAUAGUGCCCUUGGUGGUGCCAUUGGUGGUGCCCUUGGUGGUACUGUUGGUGGUGUCCUUGGUGGUGCCCUUGGUGGUGCCCUUGGUGGUACCCUUGGUGGUGCCUCUGGUGGUGCCUCUGGUGGUGCUCUUGGUGGUGCUCUUGGUGGUGGUGUCACUCUUGAUAGUGGUGGUGCCUCUGGUGGUGCUCUUGGCGGUAGUGGUGCCCUUGGUGGUGGUAGUGCCCUUGAUGACAUUUGUA